AUGUUUGAUUAUUAUCAAUCUGAUCCAUAUGUACUGUCAAGUGUAUGUCCAUAUUCUUGUGGACUUGUUCAAUUUGCUUUACGAAUAGGUGGAACAAUUGAUCCAGAUUUUUUAAAUCAAUGUCAAAUAAUGGAUCCCAAAUUUCAAAACGCUAUCGAUGGAUUAAAAUCGAUACCAUUGAAAUUCGAAGCACCAUCAGAAUCUUAUGGUUACCAAGAAGAUAUUUAUCUCGAUAUGGAUGCGCGUAAUGCAAAAGAUUUUUAUAAUGCAUGGGAUUUUAAAGAGUACAAUUCAUGGUUGGGAACUACUGAUCAAUGGGAGUCAAUGGAAGAUGUUGAUAAUGAUAUUGUUAUUGAUUUCAUGUGA